AUGGGUCCGGAUAUGUGCGUGCGUAAGCUGGUGCUGUGCCCGGACGGCCUGAUCGCCGCAAUUGUCGGACGCGAACACUUCGCCAAGGUCGCGCUCUGCACACUCGAGUGCUUCUCGUGGUCGCUCGGCGCGGACGACAAGUGGCGGUGGUACGAGGACUUGAUCUACUACGAGGGGAAGCUCUACGCCAUCACCAACAGCGGGGAACCCCUCGCGUUCGACGUCGGCUACGAGAACACCGGCGAGCCCAAGAUCUCCGCUGUCGAGACCGUCAUCGAAGGCUGUGGCUACGUCGGCGUGGGGGUGAUGAACUACCUCGUCAAAUCACGCAGCGGCGCGCUACUCAUGGUCAACAGGAACACGGAGGGCGGCAGGUCGGCGUAUGCGUUCGAGGUGUACAAGGCGGAUCUCCGGUCGUCAGGAUCACAAUGGGGCCAGGUGACUGCCCUGGGCGGCGACGAGGCGCUCUUUGUGGGCCGGCUGGGCUCAUGGGAUGUGCGGGCGGACCGGGAAGGAUUGGAGGGUUAUCAGAUCUCCUUCCUUGAUGAUAUGGUUGGCAUGUGGUUCUAGGCGAUGGACCGCCCGAAUCAGCCUUUGUACCACACAGGCGUCUAUGACAUGACAACCGGGAAUGUCAUCGGCCUCCUACCAUGGAAGUGGAGCAAGGACUACGACGGUCCAGUGCCGCCCACAUGGCUCUUCCCCGGCGAGGAGGAAGAUGACGAGUGAGCGCAUAUG